CGUGGCCGUUGGGGGCCCGCCACCGCUCGUGACCUGCAUCGUUAUCCCUUCGUUGCUCAUCCCCAUCCACAUCAGACUGUAUCUUCAUCCCCACCCCACCCAGAGUUCUGUGUGGUUCGUUAGUCGCCAUGGCCAAGCUUCAAUCAAGCAUGGUGGCGACGAGUUUGUGCUGGAACGGGGGUUUUGCUGGAACCAGGUUGUUUUUUGCUGGAUCCACCUAUUUUUAUUGCUACAAUCCUUUUUCUUUUUUGUUACCAUCCUCGUUCGAUUUUUUGCUGGAACCUCUAUUGAUUUUUGCUGAAACAACUUCUUUUUUUGCUGAAACCUUCUUUUGAUUUUGCUGCAAUUGACGGGAUGGUGGCGCCGUCACUGCCAUGAUUUUUUGAUGCAUCAGAUUUUUGCUGGAACCUCUUUUGGUUUUUGAUGGAACUAGCAUUUGAAUUUGCUGCAUAGGCUAUGAUGAUGUUGGGACGGCGACGGACACCGGCUACCAUGGGUCUUUGCUGCAUUGGUCUUUUUUUUGCUGGAACCAACAAUUAUUUUUGCUUCAACCAGCCUAUGAAGAGAUGGAACCGGCGAGAUUAUUUAUUGUUUUUGCUGGAACCUUUAUUUUUUUUCUUGGUAGAACAAAUUUUGGUUUUUUGCUGGAACCGGUGUUUUUUUUGCUACAUCAGGCUGAUUGUUUUGCUCCAAUAGAUUACUGGAGUUUUUGUUUUGCUUUUGUUGCUGAUUUUAUUUUUGCUAUAAUCGGCAUGGGGAAAGCUUCAACCGUGAAGAAAAGCACCAACCAGAGAGAGUGGGGAAAAGCUUGGAUCCGGCGAGGACCGGUGCUGCGAGGACGGCAAGCCGGCCGGGCUUCGAAGUCAGCGGCAGGGGCGGCCAUCGUGGGCUGCAUGAGUGAGGCGAGGAUGUGCUGGAGAUUCUCUUUUUUGUUUUGUUUCCACAUGAUGUAUCAGAGAAGAAAGGAGAAAGGGGACCAAAUCUGACGGUACAGAGAAUUGCUAUUGAACGGGUACGCGCUGACCGGUUCAAAUUUGCGCCGGCGCGCCGGCGCCUAUCAGCGCCCUAAGCGUAAAGCAUCGGCCCCCGUUCGUUCCUCAUAGAAACCCUAAGUUUGGCGGAGACUGCGGCGGCGGCGGCGGCGAGAAUACCAGGCGGCAAGCCUGGUUAGCAAUCUCAACCAAAAAGGAAAGAGAAGAGAGAUCGAUGGCGGGUGGCGGCGGGGGAGUAGAGGUGAGGACGCCUCGGGAGAUGGAUCGGAAGCUGGAAGUUCCUUCCGAAGCAGAGAUCCUGAGGAUGGAGAUUGCAUCCCUGGUGAACCUGCUCAUGGAGAAGCAGUCUGACAUUCUUCCAUUCGACCCUGAGAUCGCGAGGAAGAUCACGUCCCUGAGGAGCGAGAUCGCAUGCCAAAAGUUGGAUCGCCUAAACUGCUUAUUCAGUUACAUAUUGCAACGGACGGAUGCCUUGUGCGACGAGAUGGCAUCAAUGGCAUCUAUUCUGGCCAAAGUCAGUGUCCCCGUCAUCUCCUAUUACAAGGUCUUCGAUCUGUUAAACGCGGCGCAGAGGUUAUCUAAGAUCUCCCUGGAUAUAUUACAUUCAACCGCGAAUGCAGAUAAAAAGAUGGCUGACCAAAAUGUUGAGGACCAGAGGACCAUGGAGGACAAAGGCAAAUCCAGCACCCACUGUUUUGAGAACCAGGGAACCAAGCAACAUGUGGAUGCAUCUGUAACAGAUCGGACAACGGGCCUUUGUAAAUCAAACAUGGAAACGCCGCAGAUGGCUGCCUACUGUCCUGAUGGCCAGAUGACUGAUGAGGAGGAUGAACAUUUCGUGGCAGCGGAUCCUGUAAGUGGCCUUUGCGACCAGCCGACUGUCCACUCUUAUGAGAACCAGAGUAACAAGGAGUACAUGGAGAUGAUUGAUCCCAUGACAGAUGAAGGCCAAUCAAGCACGGAGACGCAUGCGUCGAGGAUGAUGGACGAGGGCAAUUCAAACAAUCAAGGCAAAUCAAGCAACGAAAGCAAAUCAAGCACAAAGGCAGUGGUGAUGGUGCUGGAUUCCGAUGAGGAGCAUGAAGUGCGGGGUAUGACCAUGGAGAUGCGCAAAUAUUUGAAGAUGCUCGAAUUUGAGGAAGAGGAGGAGGAGGGGAAGAUGACCCCGGAGGAUUUAGCGAUGGCUGACCAAUUUGAAAAGGAGCUAUUAGAGAUGGAAGCCAACUUUCUCAAAGUCCAGGAGCAGGAUGAUAAGGACACGCCAAACUGGAUCUCUGUCUCACAUCAGGACGAGGCAGAGGAGAUGGAGAUGGAGGACAGGUUGUUUGCUAGACGCCGUAAAGGCUGGGAAUCUGCAUGGGGAGACCGCAGUGACUUCGAAGACAUGACCUUAUUGAGUCCUAUGCACUUUACACAUUGCACGCUGGGACUGAUCCCCUACACUGCUAGCACUGUGAGCGCCUUGCAGAUCUACUCUGUCAAGAUUGUUGAAACAAAGGGAAAGUUGAAGUGGCCACUCUAUGUCUACGGGGUCAUCUCUGCCCGAGAUGCCGUAGAUCACAACCGUAACAUUCUCUUCUCUCGGCAAAGGGAAGACUACCAAGAACUCACUCUAGAGGAUCCUUUUUUGCACCUGACUGGCCCGUCUCGGGCUAUUGUGGCUGUGGACAAUGUUGACUUCGAAAUCCAACUUAAAGUAAAGGGCACAACAUGGUCUGGUGACAAAGCAUUGAUCAGUCGCUUCGAGACUUACCCUGGUGGUUAUCGUGAAGGUUUAGAUACGGCGCUCUUCAGCAACUCCUUUUGCACAGUAGAGUUAAGCUUUGAGCGACUUACAGAAACCGUCCACGCUACUAUCUUGAGUGUCUGUGUUGUUGAAGGGUGGCCGUCACCUUUUGAAUAUGGCGGUCGGAUUAUGUGCUCCUCACCACCACAGGAAGUUAAGGACCCCCUAUCCAGGCAUGUUGUGUUGGUUGAUUCUCAUGAUUUUGAUGGAGAAAUGCCAAUGGGCUCAGCUGGUUACGUUGAUCUGUCAAGGCAUGUUGUUUUUGUAGAACUGGGACAUAACCUGCAAGUUGUCCUACAAGCUUACUCACAGUCUGGUGCCAUUGCUAGGCAAAGCCGUCUCACGUUUAGGACCAAAUAUUGCAACAUAAGUCGAGGUAUAUGUGAGAUUGUGACUCUAAGGUGGAGAUUACUGUUGCUUGGUCCCAGCUUAUCAAGAACAAGAUUGAAAUCCUCUAAGGACAUGUUUGAUUGUUCUUGUGGCAUGGAUGCUAUGGAGUAGAUCCGGCUGGAUCCUUACUCCAUCUUCGACCGGUACUUCCGCGAGAAGGACGACAAGGGUGCCGGGAAGUGCAAGGGCAGCUUUGGAUGAUCUUCUCCACCAUAGCCCAACAUGCCAAAUUUUGGUAGUCCGAUGGCAUAUGUUAUAAUAGCCGGACGAUGUAGCGUCGUUUACGUAGUUGCAUGGGUUUGCAUGGAUUUGAGAUAUGCUAUGGCCCGGUUGUGAGAUUGGAAAUUUGCCGGAUGCGUCCGUGGGCGUUUGAAGGGUCGGAUUUGCCAAGUCCGGUUGUAGAUACUCUUUACAAAUGGUAUUAGUAGAACUAGUGAUUGAUGCCACCAUAUGGGCACUUUGUUGCUCGAAGCUACAAACUGAAAAAAUGGUGUGUUGUACAUGA